UCUGUUGUCGAUUUAAUGAUAUAUUACUCUGUGAGAACGAUGUAAUUAAAAAACAUAAUUGUUCGUUUUGUAUAUGUGUAUAUAGAAUGUGUGGACUAACUAUAUAGAUGCGUAAAGGAUUUCCCAGUUGUCCGUGAAAAAAUCCGCACUAUCAGAAUUGAUAAAAAAUUACCUCAGUGAGGUGUCAUCAAAACGUAUUUUCUUUAUGAAAUAUACUUUUCAUGCUAUAAAACGUUUGCCGACUGAAUACGACAGCAUAUGAUUGAUGAAACGUGCAAAACACCAUAACAGGAUCUGCAGAUUCGUCAGUGUUUCCUCAGUGAGCAAAUCUAACGAGGUGUCCGCGUCAAUCUCGUUUAUUAUCCACUGGACCUGUUUUCAUUUGUUAUAGGCAAAAUGUAGUUUAACUAUUAUCGAUAAAUACAGGCUUAUUUAAUAGAUUUCUGUCUGGUUUGACACAAUUUCCAUAGAAGUACUUUAGGGCAUUCUACACAAUACGUGAUUACUCACUCAGACAUCACUUAAGGAUAAUAAUAAUAAUAAUAAUAACAACAACAAUCGAUAACGAUCGGCUAUCAACGAAGACAGGCUUCCAACCUGAAUCUGACAGAAAACUAAACAAGGCCUGCAGUUAUUUUACCUAGGACUCAGAAACCACAUUCAUGUGAAAAGCUUCUGCGUAAGAUCAAAGAGCGAGUCGCUUAGCAUCGCACUGCGUGUCAUUGAUUAUAUCUAUAUAUAUGAAUAUGUACAGUCGCACGUAGGCAAAUGUGAAAGCUUUUCCUUCCCCAUCCUCGCCAUUUUGUCAUACAGCAUGUCCCACAAGAAGCGCUUCCAGGUCAUUGCUGGAAACUGCGGUCACUACAAUUGCAAUUGUCGUCCGCACACGAACCAACCGGCUAGCGCAAUUCUUCCAACAUUAACGAGCACCCACCAUGGUGUCUACGCCAUACACAACAUGAUGCCACCAGUUCAAGUUCAAGCUAACAAUUUGCCAACGCAUAGCGGCUGUCGGGUGCCACAAGGUGCCAUGGUGCCAUUUAGUGUAGGGAUGCGCCCAGCCUCCGGCACCAACUCGGAUCCCAGUCAAACGCAGCUGUCUCAGACGUCUAUCCUCAAUCCGCCUCUAUCCAGAUCAUUUGGCUGUGCAGGUUCGAGUACAAACAGCCGCGGUGGGCUUUACAAUUCAUUCGUGGGUUACAACAGCAUGCGUCGCGUCGCGCAGCCGUUGGUCUGUAGCCAGGACUACCCGAUGGUACGUAACAACAGCAUUAGUAGCAGCCUUGGAAUAUACCAGAAAUCCCAUGACAACAGAGAAGCGGCAAAUAGCAUGGGAGGACCACCGUUACCGCAGUGCCAAGGGUAUCAUAACAAGUUGGCGAACACCGCUGAAAAUAGGAGGAGUCCACAGUCGCGGCCUGUGCUCAUCCUAUGGGACGUGGAGAACGUACAAGUGCCCAGAGACGUGCCUGUUACUCAUGCUGUGUACGCGGUUCGAACGUACGUCCAACAUGCUCUUAACGGCAACUCGUGGUUUGAAACGGAUUUCGCCGUCGCUUGUGAUGUGUUUCGUCACCCCACCAAGCGAGUGGCAGAAAUGAAUGAUGCUCAGAUAACUGUGAUCCAUGUCAACUCGAUGUCAAAAAAUGCUGCUGAUAUGAAGCUGAAGUCCUAUAUGCAUAAGUUUGCGACAAUGUUUAGUCAGCAGUCGGCGUGCGUUGUACUUAUCUCAGGAGACGUCAACUUCGCGCCCGAACUUCACCUUGCCCGUCAUCAUGCCAAAUUACAGAUACUUCUACUGCAUAAUCAUAUGACACCAUACGCAUUACGUGAGAUUGCUCAUUACGCCGACGACUUCUAUCGAGUCGUUAUGAGCACUCCGAAUUUAGAGGGCCCGGCCAGUGUUUGGACUGAUGGCGUCUGUCUACCACAGCAGCAACAGCGACCGCUUGCCAAACAGUUGACACAUAUUGUGGUAGCAAACUUACCUGAAGAUGUCGAAACGAAUAAGAUUUCAAAGCGCCUAUUAAAACUGACGGAGAACACCGGUGGUCGAGUUGUCAACGUGCGAGGGUCUCUUGCCCUCAUGAAGUUUCCUUCAUCGCAAAAUGCGACAAGGGCACUGGCGAGAAUUACCGAGCGAGAUGUCUGCGGACACCGCGUGCUCGCCUAUUUUGUCGACGGUCCCGGUUCCCGCAGCAAGUCGAUAUCGGGUCGUCCUAACACUGAGUCGUCUAAAUCAGUUAGUACUUUCACAAAUCGUGAAUCUCACUCCAGCGGAGAGCCUACCCAUAGCAAUACGUCAAGCGAUUCUGCGGAUACUCCCUGCGCGCUCGAUAGAAGUCAUGAAGCUCCUGGCGACUCGCGCAGCCUACGGAUAUCUCCACGCGCCGACCAUUGUUUGCGCGAAAGCCAGUUAAACUCAGGAGCUUUCGACUCAGCAUGCACGAUUGAACCGUUAGACGGGCAAGCAGAUAGCUCUCCGUGCGGAACAAGUUCAAGCGGCACCCGUGACGACGACGAUGAUGAUGACGACGACGACAGUAGCUCACAUUGUAGCUCACAGCUGUGCCCUAGUAUUGAGAACCUUCAUGAAAGGGUAGAAGCCCCUUACACUUAUUCCCAGAAUACGAAUAUGGAGGAUGCCCGUGGACGGUCGCUUUUGAGCUUCCUUUUGCCCGGUUCGAUUGAAAAGGACCACCCAAACUCAUACAGCUCUGCUAUUUCUCUCAACGGCAUUGGCCUUUAUUCAGAGAACGUCCUCAGGGAGGGUGCCUCUUGUACAUCAUGUACAUGCGAAAAAAAUGAUCUCUCUAGUAAAACAAAAGGGGAAAUAAACCCUGAAAGUCCCGACAUCGCGCAACCGCCCAAACCCAGGCACUCGUCUUGUAUCAUCCACCAUGGUCGCUUACUUAGCGGUUUAGACGCUUCUGCAGAAAGGCAAAGCUGUAUAAGCCACUUCGACAACUGCGAAGCAUCCAAAUACAAUGAUAUGCUUGGCCAUGAUCUCCUUAAAUUCGAGCAUGAAUAUGGAAGGCGCCACGCAUCGGGUGCUACUUUUGCCUUUGGCCAAACGGACGCAGAUGACGGAUGUGCGGCCUGUACGGGAACGUCCCGGUAUGCAGGCAGUACGCAAUUAGACAAGAAGGCGGGAGAUACGCGCAGAAACUGUUUGUCUGCAGGGCAUCGCGGGUCUUCCAGACGGACCUGCCUUUAUGGAUUGCACCAUACGCGUCUGGAGAAAACUAUCAUAAUGCUGGCUUACGUCGUUUAUAAAAUACUUAACAAACACCAGCUGCUAUCUUCAAGCCUGUUAGGAAAUUGUACAGGAAAUGGCGGAAAUGCUUUUGGCGACUCAAUCAGCCGAUAUGUACUAUUCGGCCAAAGUGCUUACUGGGCUUGAUACCACAUGGCGGCGGGACUUCAUCCAGCGCUGGAUUUUGCAAUUAGUGAAUAAUUCAGACAACACCAGGACAGUCGACCCAAUUCGCGCUUUGGAAAGGUGUCGUAGGCUACCCAAGACGAUAGACGAAUUUGAGGAAAAGACGACCGCGGAAAACAGGCAGAAUUUCAGUCUGGGACAAGCGACCGCCCUCGGCGGACCCGACGUCGCGAUUGUUCUUGCCUUUUUCAUGGCAAGUCCAAAACCGCUGUCUCUAAACGAAUUGGAAACCCGGUUUUUGAAGUUGAGGGGUGCCACCCUACCGCUGUCGGCAGUUCACAUCUUACAUGAAAUGGGAGCCAUUCAAACCGUGCCUUUUGAAACGAGAAAUCGUGGCACAGAAAAUGCGUCCCCUAGAUUCGAUGUACAGGAGUUCUGCCGUAUUGUACGCGACUUGAUUCGACAGAUGAAUCAUGACCCUGAUGCUGUUUAUUAUUUAAUCCUUGCAACUGGCAAAAAUGCUUUACCUUGUCUACCGUACAGCUGCACGCGUAGACGCUCAAUCGCUUGCCUCUUGGAAAAGUAUGGGGUGAGCCAGUUUCCAGAUCUUGAUGCGGCCCACAUGCUCGAAGACUUCGCAGC